AUGCAUUCUGCUGCAAACCAUUCUCUAUUCAUCAAGCACUUUAAUACAAGUUUCAUUGCUCUUUUUGCGUAUGUUGAUGAUGUUAUUGUGGCAAGAAAUAACUUACACGAAGUUGAGAACCUAAAGACAAGGUUGAAUUCUCAGUUCAAGUUAAAAGAUUUAGGUAAUUUGAGAUAUUUCCUUGGCUUAGAAGUGGCUAGAUCAGAAAGUGGGAUUUUUAUUUCUCAGCGCACAUAUACUCUUCAAUUACUUGAGGCAUUUGGCUGUCUUCAAUGCAAGCCAUCUAGUACACCUAUGGAACCUAACUUAAAUUGA